AUGAGUCUCCCCAGGUCGAGCGGUUCCGCCACCCGGGUUGGCGGUGGUCUUUCCGCCUCGUUUCGAGCUUCCUCCCCGCUCGCAGAGGCUCUCGCCCGCGACAUUGCCGAGUGCUCAGAUGACGAUGUGGACCAGAGUGCUGUCGAGGAAGGCAUCGUCGGUACGCCGGAUCAGCAUUAUGGCAGCCUCAGCAAUUCCAUGUACCGCCGCCCCUCCGGUGUUGCGUACGGCGUGUCCCGUCCCGUCUUUGAUCACCGCAGCCCCGACGAGCCCGCCAUGACGGCCAUGGAGCGCAAGCAAUCCCGCAACGCCGAGCGCAGCCUGCUCCGUGAUAAUCAUAUCCUGCCACCCAAGCACCACCAUCACAACCACGGUUUUUUCUCUCGCAUAUACCGUCGUCUAUUCAGCACCAAGGUCCCUGCGGAUGAGGGCCACGCCAACGGCCCCAAUGGCGUCCACGGCAGCCAGGAUGAGACAGCACCCUUGUUAGAUGGCCACCGUGGCGGAGAGAGCACGCCCUCAGAUAGCGACAGUGAGGACUUGGAGCGGCAAUGGAUAGAUGCUGUUGCCAGUGGUCGUAUUCGCACUACUUGGCAGCGCGAGACCAAGACUGUCGUCACCUACUGCAUCCCCCUCAUCACAACAUUCGCUCUUCAGUACUCCAUCAAUGUCACUAGUAUUUUUGCUGUCGGCCGAAUCGGCAAGAUGGAGCUCGGUGCAGUUUCUUUGGCCAACAUGUCAAAUGCCAUUACCUGUCUUGCUCCUUUCCAGGGCUUGGCAACAAGUCUUGAUACACUCUGCGCGCAAGCUUACGGCUCUGGCCACAAGCACCUCGUCGGUCUCCAGUGUCAGCGCAUGGCUCUCUUCUUACUUUCCCUAUCAGGUCCCGUCAUUCUGAUCUGGUGCUUCUCGGAGGAAAUCCUGAUACGCCUCGUUCCAGAAGCCGAGACGGCUCGCCUAGCUUCCAUGUAUCUCAAGGUCUGUAUCGGCAGCAUACCUGGUGUCAUCCUGUUCGAGUGCGGCAAACGCUAUACCCAGGCACAGGGCCUCUUCCGCGCCACCACCUACGUGCUCCUCAUUGCUGCCCCUUUCAACAUCUUUCUCAGCUGGCUGCUGGUUUGGAAGCUCAAAUACGGGUUCAUUGGCGCUCCGAUUGCUGUCGCCGUUACCGAGAAUCUGCUUCCCAUCCUUCUCUUCCUCUAUAUCCGCUUCGUGGACGGACGUCAAUGCUGGGGUGGUUUCAGCCGCCGCGCUUUCUCUAACUGGUGGGUCAUGAUCAAGCUCGCCCUGCCCGGCAUGAUUAUGAUUGAGGCCGAAUGGCUCGCCUUUGAGUUCAUGACUCUCUUCGCCAGCCGCUUUGGCUCCGAGUACCUGGCCGCCCAGAGCGUCCUCGGCACGCUCACCUCCAUCUCAUACCAGAUCCCUUUUCCCAUGUCCAUUGCUGCCUCGACCCGCGUGGCCAACCUUAUCGGUGCUGGCCUCGUCGAUGCCGCUAAAAUCACCGCCAGAGUCACGUUUUGGCUCGCCGCCUCCAUCAGCGUCUUCAAUUUUGUUAUAUUUGUCGUCUUCCGCUACCACCUGCCCCUUCUUUUCACCAACGACGAGGGCGUCAUUGAACUGGUUGCUCAGGUCAUGCCCGCGGUCGCCAUCAUGCAAGUCUUUGACGGCCUCAGCGCUGGUGCUCACGGCUUGCUGCGCGGUAUCGGCAAACAGGCCAUCGGCGGCCCCGUCAAUCUCAUCGCCUAUUAUCUCGUCUCCCUGCCGCUGUCCAUUGGUCUUGCCUUUGGCCUUGGCAUGAAGCUCGAGGGUCUUUGGAUCGGUGUCACGGCUGGCCUGGUUAUCGUCUCCAUUAUCGAGUACCUUUACCUCUGGAAGGUGGAUUGGAACAAGGCCGCCGAUGAAGCCGCUGACAGAAAUGCUACCGGUUAG